AAAGUUCAUAUAAAAAUGUAUAAAGGCAUCAAGUCUCAUACGUUAGCAUAAUUUUCAAAGCUUGAUAAAUGAACAAUGAUUCUGUGUAGAUUGUACUUAACUCGUUACGAUAAUUUACAUCACAAAUUCUUAAUAUAUAUAGAAGAUGCUAAAUACAAUAUCUUUUAUAAUUUAUAAGAAGAAGAAAAAUUAGUUUGAUUAAAAGGCGCUGUCUUUCAUAAAUUUUAAAGAAUAUUUUCUAUUGUCAGUUGUUUCGUGUUAAAAUGGAUGAUUAUUCGGAUGUUUUAAAUUUGUCGCCUGAAGAUUUGCUGGAAAAAUAUUGCAAACUUAAUGAUCGAUAUCAAGAAAUGGUCAAAGUUAAUGAAGCUGAUACUCAACACAUUUAUGAACUAAAAGGAGCACUCCAAAGAGCCACAGCUGCAGAAGCCUUCCUGUCACAAGAAUUGGACCAACUGACCAGCUAUGAAAACAAUCGUAAUACAAAUGAUUUACAACAACUGCAACAGGAAAUAGAAAGACUAGAAAAUGCUAAUCGGAAGCUGAAACAAGACUUUGAUGUUGUGGUUGAUGAAAAUAUUCAACUUUCAAAAGUGGUGGAAGAAACUGUCAAAAACAAAACUGACCUUCCUGUUGUUGUAUCACCUCAGGAGAGUAAACUGUCCAAUGAGGAUUUUGAACGCAUGCAUAUGUUAGAGAAUGAAAAUAUUGAAUUGUUGCGAAAAAUGGAGGAAUUUCAAGAGAGUUUUUUGCGCUGCACGCUCACAAUAGCCGAACAUGAGAAGAACAUUGAAAUACUACGAGAUCAAGUCAAUUGUUUAGAAGAAAAUUUAAAAUCGAAACAGACAGAUUUAGAAGAAAAAGUGUCAAUGCUCGAAAGCACCCAAGAACAACUAAUAGAAGCCAAUGCCAAACUAGCGAUGAUGACAAGCAUGCCGGAAUGCGUUGAUCGCAAAGGCAAUUCCUUGUUUGCUGAAGUUGACGAUCAGCGCCAAGCGAUGAAAAAGCUGCUAAACGCUCAAAAGGUAAGUUAUCUGGAAAUGAAAAAGAUCUACAGCGAAAGCGAACACGAGAUACGUCGUUUAAAACGUGAAAAUACUUCUAUGCGAACUGAGUUGGAGGCAUGCAGUUCAAUAUUUUGUUUCGCAGAUAGGACUUAUCAAGAAAAACUAAACCAACGUAUUCAACGGCUACUAAGUGAGAACGAGGGCUUGGAGCGCAAAUUAAAUUGGACACAGGAACACCUUAAGGAAUUAUCUUCUGAAAGAGGAGUACUUUGGCUGGACUCAAUGCUUGAUUUUUGCAAAAAAGAAACUAAUACUCUUAGGCAACAGCUGCACAGCGAGCGUUUACAAAGGGCCAGUUUGGAGGAACAGUUACGUAACGCCCUUCAGGAUAUGGCUCGCUGGAGAUUUGAAUCCUUAAAAUCACGUUGCGUUCUUUUAAAUCGCGAAUAUUUAUUAAACGAACAUAAGAUUCCAUUUGAACCAAUGCAAGCCUUGGAUUUUCAUAUAACCCAUAAAGAGCAAGAAGAAGCAAGACCACGUAUAAUAAAUAGACCGAAAAACGAUCUGUUAAAGCCAACCGCAAUAGCAGAAAGUGAGAAAGAAGAUUUAAUUGGAAAGGAUCAAUGCUGCGAAAUCCAAAAAAUUGGACAAAAACUUGAAGACGAAGCGGAACCCAACGAAUUAACAAAAAGUUCUUACGCUGGACUCAAAAACAAUCAGCCACCAAGCGGUAGCUCCAACGCAGGCCUAUCGGAUUGUGAGAAAUCGGAAAUAUCUCCCAAAAUAUCAGAAGAAAUUGCCAAACUAAAUCUCGUACAGGAAGUUACUAACCUCUCCACGAAAAGUGAAUCAUCUGCUUCCGAUCAACAAAAGCCUGAAAGCAAAUCGCAAAGCAAUGAAUCUGCAAUAAAGGAAGAUUAUGAUGGUGAACAAAAGCCUAAAAACGAAUCGCGAUGCGAUGAAUCCUUAACAAAGGCAAACUAUGAACUGAAAGGUGAACAGAAACUUCAAGGAAGCCCUGUUCGAUCUUUUAAUAUAUAUAACGAUAACGAGAAUUACGAAUCGUCUCCGAAAAUAAAAGAAAAAUUUUUCAAGUUAGUUGGUAAACCGCCCUCUCCAAUGCGUCCUUCACAAAGAGCUCUGAGGAAACCAGAUAAAGUAGACAAAUGUGUAAAGAAGUCGCGUUCAAUAUUAAGUGAGAAACGUGAUUUAUUCCAUGAAGAAGCACCCAAAAAUGUAACAUUUUCGACAGAAAAAGCAACGAUACAUAGUCCGACCUUUGAUAAAUCAUCAUCCGAAGAUUGUGUGUCCGUUUCAGACGAAACGUUAACACCACUUUUCACAAAGAGCAUAAACAAAGUUUCGGUUAAAGGAUCUCGAACAAAAUCUAAUAUUGUCGUACGCCAUGUAGUUGUGAGCUCCAAACGCGAUUAA